GAGUAAAGGAGCGACUCCAGCCCGCGGCUUGCAGAACUCGGAGCUCUCUCUCCAAAGGCCCCUCUGCUCGGGAAAGGGGCUCCGCGGUGACGUGCGCGGAGAGGAGCCACCGUGGAAAGCUGGACCCCGUCAAGCCAGGGCUGACCCCUGCUGCCAAGAGACUCCCACCUUUGGCUCCUCACCGCCCAGCGCCCCCUCCAUCGGGUCCUCCAGCCAGAGGACAGGCAUGGCGAGGCCGGGAGGCUCCUGCCUUUGCUGCUGUUUGGCUGUGAUCUCCUUCCUUCCCUCGCUGAGCCUGGCGCAGUAUGAGAGCUGGCCCCACUACCCCGAGUACUUCCAGCAGCCCGCUCCCGAAUACCACCGGCCUCAGGUGCCCUCCGACGUCCCCAAGAUCCAGGUGCGCCUGGCGGGGCAGAAGAGGAAACACAGCGAGGGGCGGGUGGAGGUGUACUACAACGGCCAGUGGGGCACCGUGUGCGACGACGACUUCUCCAUCCACGCCGCCCACGUCGUCUGCCGGGAGCUGGGCUACGUGGAGGCCAAGUCCUGGACCGCCAGCUCCUCCUAUGGCAAAGGGGAAGGCCCCAUCUGGCUGGACAAUAUCUACUGCACCGGCAAAGAGGCAACCCUCGCAGCCUGCUCCUCCAAUGGCUGGGGUGUCACUGACUGCAAGCACACAGAAGACGUGGGUGUGGUGUGCAGUGACAAAAGGAUUCCUGGGUUCAAAUUCGACAAUUCAUUGAUCAACCACAUAGAGAACCUGAACAUCCAGGUGGAGGACAUCCGGAUCCGAGCCAUUCUCUCCGCCUACCGCAGGCGCACCCCGGUGAUGGAGGGCUACGUGGAGGUGAAGGAGGGCAAGGUCUGGAAGCAGAUCUGUGACAAGCACUGGACGGCCAAGAAUUCCCACGUGGUCUGCGGCAUGUUUGGCUUCCCUGGAGAGAGGACGUAUAACACCAAAGUGUACAAAAUGUUUGCUGCCCGGAAGAAGCAACGCUACUGGCGGUUCUCCAUGGACUGCACGGGCACGGAAGCCCACAUCUCCAGUUGCAAGCUGGGCCCACAGGUGUCGCGGGACCCUGUGAAAAAUGUUACCUGUGAGAAUGGGCUGCCAGCUGUGGUGAGCUGUGUGCCUGGCCAGGUCUUCAGCCCUGAUGGACCCUCAAGAUUCCGGAAAGCCUACAAGCCAGAGGACCGUGUGUUUCUUCAGCAACCCCUGGUGCGGUUAAGAGGCGGUGCCAACGUCGGAGAGGGUCGCGUGGAAGUGCUCAAGAACGGAGAAUGGGGUACCAUCUGCGAUGACAAGUGGGACCUGGUGUCUGCCAGCGUGGUCUGCAGAGAGCUGGGCUUUGGGAGUGCCAAAGAGGCCAUCACUGGCUCCCAGCUGGGGCAAGGGAUAGGACCCAUCCAUCUCAAUGAGCUGGAGUGCUCCGGAAAUGAGAAGUCCAUCAUAGACUGUAAAUUCAAUGCUGAGUCUCAGGGCUGCAACCACGAGGAAGAUGCUGGUGUAAGAUGUAAUAUCCCUGCCAUGGGCUUCCAGAAGAAGCUGCGCCUGAAUGGGGGCCGAAACCCCUACGAGGGCCGGGUGGAGGUGCUGGUGGAGAGGAAUGGGUCCCUCGUAUGGGGGACGGUGUGCGGUGAGAACUGGGGCAUCGUGGAGGCCAUGGUGGUCUGCCGGCAGCUGGGCCUGGGGUUCGCCAGUAACGCCUUCCAGGAGACCUGGUAUUGGCACGAAAACAUCAAUGCCAACAAAGUGGUCAUGAGUGGAGUGAAGUGUUCUGGAACGGAGCUGUCCCUGGCACACUGUCGCCACGACGGAGAGGAUGUGGCCUGCCCCCAGGGUGGAGUGCAUUUUGGGGCUGGAGUCGCCUGCUCAGAAACUGCCCCUGACCUGGUCCUCAACGCAGAGAUUGUCCAACAGAGCACCUACCUGGAGGACCGGCCCAUGUUCAUGCUCCAGUGUGCUAUGGAGGAGAACUGCCUCUCAGGCUCAGCUGCCCAGACCAACCCCACCACUGGCUACCGGCGGCUGCUGCGCUUCUCGUCCCAGAUCCACAACAACGGCCAGUCCGACUUCCGGCCCAAGAACGGCCGCCAUGCAUGGAUCUGGCAUGACUGCCACAGGCACUACCACAGCAUGGAAGUGUUCACCCACUACGACCUUCUGAACCUCAAUGGCACCAAGGUGGCAGAGGGCCACAAAGCCAGCUUCUGCUUGGAGGACACAGAAUGUGAAGGAGACAUCCAGAAGAAUUAUGAGUGUGCCAAUUUCGGCGAGCAGGGUAUCACCAUGGGCUGCUGGGACGUGUAUCGCCAUGACAUCGACUGUCAGUGGGUGGACAUCACUGACGUGCCCCCCGGAGACUACCUAUUCCAGGUUGUCAUUAACCCCAACUAUGAGGUCGCAGAGUCUGACUACACCAACAAUAUUAUGAAGUGCAGGACGCGCUAUGAUGGCCACCGCAUCUGGAUGUACAACUGUCACAUAGGCGGUUCCUUCAGUGAAGAGACAGAAAAGAAGUUUGAACACUUCAGUGGACUCAUAAAUAACCAGCUCUCCACGCGGUAAGGCAGCCUACGUGGUCACGUGGUCACCUCCUGCCUUCGGGCCACAGCGUCUCCUCCCCUACAGCUGCAAUCUGACUGAUGGGUUGCCACACACCCCCUUGCCCAGCCCAGCCCGCACCAUACCUGGACACCCUGCGGCACAUCCACGCACAGGAGGAAGGGGUGCUGCUGACAUUUUUGGAGGCUACUACUACCUGGAGCCUGGGAAGGCCUCUGGGAGUGGGGCUUGUCCACAGGGCGGUGGGAGCAGUGCCACAAGCCAUCUUGUCCAGGACCCCGGGCGCACAGGUUGUCAUCAGCUUGUCCCAUACAAACCACAGUCCCCCCGCCCCGAGUCUGACACCAGCCUGCUCAGCUCACCACAGAUAAUAUGGGGCCAUUCUCUUCUCAAGUUCCCUCUUGGCAAUGUCAGCUUAUCCACCCAGGGUGGUCAGACGGAACCCCAUGUCUCCUCCUCUUAGGUCAUUUCCAGCCAACUUGAAUGUCUAGACCUCUCUUCCAAUUAAACAAACUGCCUCUCCUCUCCUCUCUUCUAUUCACGUAUAUAAAUAAUGCUACCACGUGUUUUCUGUGGAGGUGAGCUCAGAGUUGGUGCUUCUCCCCCCGCCCCCUGCGUCCUCUUCUUUUUCAACAUACCAUUAUUAUAUUAUAUUUUCACAGACUUCGAAAAACACAUAAUUUAGUGGCAUUUAAUAUUGGGCAUCUGGGCAUUUGAAAGUAUAGAUCAAAAGGAAAUCCCACCCACCCGUGUAAGUGACUCAUGGUUCUGUUGUUCUGAUUCUGUGGGUAACUGAUUCAACGGUGCUAUAACCAGGGUCCAGGGUGACAAGGACACCCACCGAAUGCCAUGUGUCAUCACAGACACUUACACAUACUUGAA